CCACUGCAUCUACCACAUGGAUUCAGACGACGAAAUACCCACCCUCGUCACAGCAGACGUCGACGAUGCUCUGGCUCUCCCGCCAGUCGUUACCUCAUCGUCACCCCGGCAAUCGGGCGUCCCUCUCACCAUCAUAAGCGGCUUUUUGGGCGCGGGCAAAUCGACCCUGCUCCGACGCAUAUUGACCGAGCGCCAUGGGUACCGCAUAGCCGUCAUCAUGAACGAGUUUGGCGACACGGCGAAUAUUGAAGCAAAGGCGAUCAACGUCUCAUCAGCAGAUGAUCCUACUGCAGAAAAGUCUGAAGAGUUUCUCGAGCUUGCAAACGGCUGUCUCUGUUGCAGCAUCAAGGAUGCCGGAGUAGCUGCGAUCGAGAAACUCAUGGAGCGCAAGGGCGCGUUCGACCACAUCUUAUUGGAGACAACCGGAUUAGCGGAUCCAGGUCCUAUUGCUGCCAUGUUUUGGAAGAACGAAGAGUAUGGGUCUGGACUUGGUCAUGAUAUCCUGCUAGAUGGCGUCGUUAUUGUCGUGGAUGCAGUAUAUGGGAAACAGCAAAUGGAAGAAGACAACUCUGUGGAUGGAAUUGGCGAGAGCAUACGACAAAUCGCAUGUGCAGACGUAAUUAUUCUCAACAAGGUAGAUCUCGUCUCGAAAGAACAGCUGCAUGAACUAGAAGGCCUCAUCCGGACCGUCAAUGCGUCAGCCCCGAUACAUCGGACAGUCCGAGCGGAACUAGACUUGAAGCAUAUCAUGAACAUCGGCGCAUUCAACACGGCACGUCCCAUAGACCAAGCCAUCCAGCCUGUAUCAUCACACGACCACGAUCAUGACCAUGAACGCAAUGGAGACGAUCACCAACACGAUACACCUCCGACACACUACGAACUUCGGGGCAUAUCAAGUCUACGGGUAUCCGUGCCUGUCCUCUCAGCGGAGCGGCUGGACAGGUUAGACGAGUGGAUACGGACGCUUCUUUGGGAGAACCGACUCCCAGAAAAAGGAGAUGGGUCGGAUGGGCAGUCGAGCAUGAAAGUCUUGCGAUGCAAAGGGUUGUUUGUGACGGAGAAGGGGGAGCAGUACGUGCUUCAAGGCGUUCAGAGCUUGUACGACCUGUCCCCAGUGGAGGGUACAGAAACGACAGGGGUGCCAGAUGUGGGGAAGCUUGUGUUGAUUGGGAAGGGUCUAACGGAGGAGGUGCGGAAUAGCGUGGAGAAGAUACUAGCCCUGUAAACAUAAUAUUAAUGUUACAUGAGUCGAAGC